CAUGGAUGGUAGAAAAAGACAUCCCUUCCAUCAUCAAAUUAGAAUACACCGUCAAUCAUCCUGCGACGAAUCAAUAUCACCAUCGGCUUGUUCGUCAUCCAGACUCCCAAUUCCAGGCGACCGGGAGGAUAUAUUGGCUUUCCUGGACACGAUCGGCCAAAUCCUAUUAGGGGUGACUCGGACGCGAAAAGAGCGCAAGUAGGAUUGCUCGAAAGACCUCUCCACUAGCCACUCUCCUCUCGCUGUGAUCGCCAUACCAGGUCUUUCGACUCGAGUCUAGAGUCUAAACAACAGAGUGGGGGAGACACGAAGGAGAACGAGGACGGAAAGCAACGACCGGGUGUUCGUACUGGACGAGAGGUCGGACCUCGUUCGUAAAUUCAGGGUUGGAGCUCGAAGGAGACUGAGAAGACGAGGUCAAGGCUGAGGACCAGGCCAAAGAAGGAGAAGAAGAAGAAGAAGAAGAAGAUGAUGUCCGUCUUGGCCCCCCCGCCCCAACCAGCCUAUCAACCUUCGUACCCGUAUUCAUGGCCCCAUACGACCGGCGGUCAUGAUAACGGAUUCCGAGAUCGGGACGUUAGCGGAGAUGAUCACGAUCGUGACAAUGCAAACGAGGACGAGGACGAGGAUGAGAAAGACGAAGAUGAAGAAGAAGACGCUUCGGGCGAAGGAGAAGAUGACCACGACCAGGACCAAGAACGUGAUCACCGGGGGUAUCAUCCACGCUCUUCAGCUUCAGAUUCGAAUUAUGAUGGUCCCUCACAUUCGCAACGAUCUGCGCACCCUCAACAGCACCAACAACACCAUCAACAGCAAGCACAACAGCAACAGCAGCAGAAUCAGACGGGAACGAAUAUGAAUCUGAAUCUGAAGAGGAAAUACGAACCCGAUCCAGAUCCAGAAGACCCAGAUGCGGAUCGAUCUGAAGUCCAAGCGGCCAAAUCGAGGUCUGUCCCGAGGACCGGGAGUGGGACCGGCAAUAUCAAUACUAGUGGGGGCGGGACAGGGCGGAGGGAUAGCAUUGCUGAUGGAACGGGGAAGAAGCGAGAAGGUGAAAGUGAGAGCGAGAGGCGGAAGUCUGUUGCUGGGCCUUUGAAUGGGAAUAUCACCGCGAACUCUCACGCCAACACCAACGGAAACGGACAUGGGACUGGAAAUGGGAGUCGAAGCGGAACCGGUGCGCCAGGAGGAGGAUUCCGACGUCCAGCCCCGAUCGGGUUGGGGGUGGACGCUAGGGAAGCCGCACGGAUCGGGAGAGCUGGAGGGAGUUCGGGAGGCGGUUCGAAUUCGAAUUCAUACGUGAACGGAGGGUCGGGUAAUAGUUCGAAUUCGAACUCGCAUUCCCACUCGAGUGGGAAUGUCAACGGUGGUGGUGGUGGUGGUGGUGGUGGGAAUGGCAACGGGGAUCGGGCCGAAGGAUCUAGGUCUGGAUCUGGGUCGAACUCCAACUCCAACUCCAACUCCAACUCCAACUCGAACGGAAACUCGAACGGAGGACAAGGUCAAGGACAAGGUCAAAGAUCAAACCCAGGCGGUUCAGGUUCAGGUUCGGGUUCAGGGGAAGGAGCGGCGGGGUUCAACCCGAAUCGGAAACCGACUUGCGAUAUCUGUCGGAAGAGGAAGAUCAAAUGCGUUCGAACCGAAUCUCCCGACCCGCAAGCUCCGCCGAUGCAGUGUAAUGGGUGCAAGUCGAUCGGGCUCGAGUGUACCUACCUGCACGUAUACAAACGACCCGGAAGGCCCAACAGCUGGAUGACGGGUCAGGGGUCGAACAAGCGAAAGGCUUGGGACGAGGACAAGCCCAAAGAGGAAGGCGGUAGUAGUAAAAGGCGGAGCUCGACGACCGGCAAGGCUACCAAGGAGACGAGCGGGCGAGGUCAAGGUAGUGGACAAGCUCAACCUCCGACCGGCUCGAGUACGAUCAAUCAUAGCGCCCCGUUACCUUCGGUGCAUUUCGCCUUUCCCGAUGAUAAGCCGAUGGAGGACAACAAAGCUGGUAUCUCCGGGCAUAUGAACAAUCACCUGCACAACAACGGAUACCGUCCGCAACAGCACCUGAAUAGUGACUAUAUGAUGAACUUGUCGCAUACGGGGGAACCGACAUUUGGUACAACUAGCCCGGAUCUCUGGGCUAGCGGUUCGGGUAGUCCUGGACGGGGACAUAGACAUCCGGACCUGACGUAUUCCGGUAACCUGAACUCGACCGGAUUGAGCGUCCCUGGCGUAGGCAUGGGAGGCAGGAUGCAGAGCUUUGACAAUUACGGGAACUCUCAGCCUACACAAUCGUAUGCCAGACAGACCGUGGGGCCAGCCGUAGGUAACAUCAUUAACGGCGUAGGGAUCGGCAUGCCGGGAGGAUCUGGUUCCAACAACGGUUUCGUCCACCCCUCGACCGGAAUCUCACCCAACGGUUCCGGCAACGCGCUCGACAUGCACAUGUUGGGAAACAAUGGGACCAUGCUCAACGGCGAUUCGGGAUCGUACCGCUCAAACUCGAUCAGCGGGAAUCAGUUCGCCUUGCCUCCAGGUGCCAUCUCGUCGACCACACAGCAGGUCCAUUUACCCUCGGAGCAUUCAGGUUUCUCGCCUUCGCUUUCGCCAGGCAACAUGAUGGGAAACAAUAACAACAUGGCACCACCCAACUCUCACCCCCAAGAGCCGCCGCAUAUCCUUACCACGGGGAGUGACAGUACUUCUCGCGGUCGCCAAGAUUCGCUGCAUGGGUACCGGAGCUCUAUCCCGCCUGCCAAGUUGCUGCAAGAAUCGUUACAUACGAUGCCCCAGAUCGAAGACGUGACGAGCUGGUCGACCGUUAGCUUCUUCAUCUCGCUAUACCUCCGGCAUCUGCACGCUUUGACACCGAUCGUGCACAAACCCAACUUUACCGUUUGCCUGGCUACGCGACUUGAUCAAAAGGACGUCGAAUUUCGAGCCUUCCUCCUGUCGAUCACGUCAUACGUCAUCUCGCAAUCACCCAAGAGCCGGAUGAUCGAGCACUACUCGCAGAGCGAGCUGGAAAAGCUGCAGAACACGUGUUACCGUGCGAGUCAGCUCUUGCAGACGAGGCGGUACAAGGAACCAAAUCUGGUCCAGGUCGGGACUUUGAUGUGCGAUUACUUUUUCUGCACGAGUACGGGUAAGAUAGCGAGGGCCACGGCGACCAUGGCAGAAGCUAUCGCGCUAUCGUACCGUAUGAAUAUGCACGAUGAUGCCCGGACGGCUGCGAGUGGUGUGGACCACACGGAGAUCCAGCUGAGACGGCGCACAUUCUGGCAUCUGUAUGCGAUCGACAAGACUGAAGCCUCUGCAGGUCAACCGUCUAUGAUGAACGACCAAGAAGGCCUGUGCUCGCUCCCACUCGAGAUCGACGACGACUUCAUCACGGCCCAAGGAUCCUUCCCUCAACCCGCAAACCGGACCUCGACCAUGGUCGGUUUUGUCGCCGUCUCAAAGCUGUUCAAGAUCAUGUCCGAGGUCUUGUUCCGUCAUCGAUGCGUGACCAACCGCUUCAACCUGAGCAACCAGUGGGAAAACGACCCACCUCCGGGGGAUCCGACUGCGACGUCUUCGACCAUGGGGAUGGAUGAUAUGAUCAGGAGGGAAUCCGAAUGGAUCGUCAGGGCUCACGAUCGGAUCCGAGAAGUCUUGGAUGGACUGCCGCCUGAUUUGGCUACGCAGAGGGCUGAGGUGGCGACCAACCCGGAUUUGCCGCCUGAUAUGAGCGCCAUCUUUGGGAUGCAGGUCGCCAACUGCUUGAUCACCGCCGCUAGUGUGCAAUUCGCCUUAUACGACUUCAAGGCCUUCCUUGACGCUGGAGCCGACACGGUCGCUGAAUCGCAAGAGCAGACCGCUAGGGAGAUGUAUAGGUUGCUGUCGAGCAUUCCGCUGGAUCAUCUGGCUGCAAACGGAGAGAGCAUGCGAGGAAAGGUCUUGCGAAUCAUCCUGGCCCUCUUGAACCGUUCGCGUACCCCUGAUCAGCUGAGCGAAGAGGUCAAGUCGUUCUGGAACAUGUUUAGUAUGAUCCAGUUCGUGCAAGUCAUGCCGUCGACAGCAGAUUCAGUAUUCCCUAGUCGAGAACCCAGCCCGGGUCCCGUCUCCACUUAGCGUAGAUCUCGCCGCUGCAGGUUGGCUGUACUAUAUCAGAAUUGACAUAUAUUCUCGCAACCAUGACG